UGUGCCAACGACAGCGAGAGACCAAUGAUUGUUUCAUCUGGUGGGCGUUGAAGAUGGUAACUUCCUACCUUUAUGCUUUCAACCAAGGGAAAAGUCUCACAACAAUUUGUUGAAAUCAUGAACAAAGAGGAAAUCCACCGUCUCCUUGGUUUGGUGUGAGCUCCAAAAGGGCUGAAAAGGUGUCGUAAAAGUUGCAGGCUGAGGUGGCUCAACUAUCUGAGUCCAAACAUCAAGCGCGGUCCGUUCUCAACCGAUGAAGAGGACCUCAUAAUCAGAAUGCAACGGCUACUCGGAAACAGGUGGUCAUUGAUUGCGGGAAGAUUGCCGGGAAGGACGGCGAACGACGUCAAGAACUACUGGAAUUCUUGCCUGGCUAAAAGGGUUUCAGCCAAACCAGCUGCAAUGGAGCUCCCAGCAGCCCCUCCACCUCGCACGGUUAUCUACAGGCCGCAAGCUCACAGGGUCUCCAUGAGAAUGCGUGAGUUGCUGCGUGAGGCGUACUCACCAUGGGAUCGACGAAGCCUCCACUCUUCCAGCUCUUCGCAGCCGCUGGACGGCGCGAAGAUGGCAGACCAGUUGCCAGUUGCGGCAGACGGGUUACUAGUUGCUGCAGAGCCGUUAAGGUCCAGUCUGCCAUGGCUGCCUGGAGAAGGCGAGUUUGCACUAGGAGGAGGAGGAGAUUGGUUCCUCGAUGCCGAACUGGACGACCUAUUCUGUGAUUCAUUUCUUUGGGAUUGGAUGAAGGAUGAUAACGGUUCGUCGCCAUUACUUUAAGUGCUACUCUCUGUCUCUCGCUCUCUCUUUCUGAGUA